AAAAAAUUAAGGACCUGUUCUGAUGAACUGUUUAUGAGAUAAAGAAACUAGGAACUAAUUUAAACUGAAAAUAAGCCGAAGAGAACAGGCUCUAACAAUUAAUUUUUCUAAAAAAAAAAAAAAACUAAGCUCUUUCAAGAACUCAAUUGAAAAAAUAAAAAAUAUUAUUGUCAUUCUCAAGACUCAAACCCACAACCUUCAUUUCAGACAAUAAAAACUCUCUUCCUACAUGAUCCAAGCACUCCUUAAUAACAAGCUCAAUCUUUUAAUGUACAAAUCGUUACACCAUCAAUUUUAAGAAAUAAAAAAAAAGUGGUCACCAUUACAAUACAUACAUACAUACAAAUAAUAAGCUAAAACGACCCUACCAUGAUCACCCCACCCUCCAAUCCCUUCUUUCUAUGCCUUAAAACAAAGUAAUUCAAGGAAAGAAGGAAUCAACCAGCCUGUUUCCAAAAACCCUUAUUACCAAUUAGCUGUUUCUCAUUUCUCCCAUUCUUCAACACUCCCUCCCUUAAACAAACUCCCCUCUAUAUUCUCCCUCUCUCUAAACCGACACUUUCAUUUCCUCCUCCAACGCUUUCAUUUCAACAACGCAAAAAAACCGACGCUUUUUUUUGCAAUGAGCUCAAUAGUUCAAACCAUUCAACAAAGAACAACAAAGAGUUCAUCACUUCCAAUUUCAUCAUCACCUUCUUCUUCAGAUGAUCAACCAAGUUUACGAAGGCGGCUUUCGUCUCUUUCCUUAAACCUUCAUCCUUCUUCAAUCUCUGCUUCUCCUGCAACUUCAUGGGCUAUUCAUCGGUCCAAGUCUCUGUCUUCCAUGGGAGAAAACGCGGGAAGUUCGAUCAAGAAAUGGUGGGAUUUGGGCUGGGCUUGGGUUUUGUCACGAAAGCCCACUUUUGUUCAAGAUCUGGAAAUGAAUGAAGAAGAAAAACGUUUUCUUGGGUUUCAAAACAGGGGAAGUUUAAUGCAUCUGUUUUUUAAGGUUAAAUCUGAGGUUAGGAAGAUUCUUAGAUACGAUGAUAUGUCUCUUCCUCAGACUUUUAAGUAUCAAAACCAUAAUGGUUCAAUGAGAAGAGGUUCUACUCUUGGUUGAAAAUUAUUAUUAUGAAAAACAGAGUAUUAUUGCUUGAUUAAUUAAUCUAAUCAAGAUUAAUUCUUUAUAAUGAAUAAUUGAUGUAAUUUUUUUCAUGUAAUGUUGUAUGCGUGGAGAUCUUUGCAAACAAGAUGAAAAGGAUGAGAGGAAGAUUGAAUUCAGAAAAUGGUGGGUGUUUUGGAGGUAGGAUUUUGAAGGGUAUAUAGAAUAUUAUUAGUAGUGAUUAAUAUGAUUGAUAUUACAUGUUAUUAUUUGGUUAAUUUUAUUAUUUGUUCAUUAUUUUUACAAGUAUUGUUUUUUGGGUAGAAUUGUUUGGUAUUUUAGUGUAAUUUGUAAAAAUGUAUGUACAAGUAAUUAUAUUUCAAUGUUUUGUUGUUUCUUUAAGAAUGGGUAAUCGAAAAAGGCCAAUAUUAAUUCUUC